CGAGACAGCAUUACGACAAGCACAGCAUGUGAGCCGACUGCUGCCAGCCUCUCCGCCCCCCUGCCUGUUGCCGAGCAGCGGCCGGGUCGCCACGGGGAGGGUGGCGCACGUGCUGCGUGCCUCCCGGCCCGCAAAUCCUGCGGCGCAGAGCCCGCCGCCCUGAACGCCGGCCUUUCUGCUGGCCCGCGCCCGCUGCCUCACGCUUCCAAGCCCGGCCACCCCCGCGCUGCGCAGGGCGCGUUACGACCGCGCGAUCACCGUCUUCUCGCCGGAUGGCCACCUCUUCCAGGUCGAGUACGCGAUGGAGGCGGUGCGCAAGGGCACCACUGCGGUCGGCGUGCGGUCAAAGGACCACAUCGUCUUUGCGGUGGAGCGCAAAUCGACCGCGAAGCUGCAGGACCCGCGGACGGUACGAAAGAUCCACAAGCUGGACGAGAACAUCGUGCUCUCCUUCGCCGGCCUGACGGCCGACGCGCGCGUGCUGAUCAACAAGACGCUAGUUGAGUGCCAGUCCUACCGCCUCACCUUUGAGGACUCGCCCUCCGUCGAGUACGUCGCCGAGUACGUCUCCGGAGUGCAGCAGCGCUACACGCAGAGCGGAGGCGUGCGCCCGUUUGGAAUCUCGACGCUCAUCAUGGGCUUCGACCGGGACGGGACGCCGCAGCUCUUCCAGACGGAGCCGUCGGGCAACUACACCGCCUGGAAGGCGGUCGCGAUCGGGCGGAGCCAAAAGACCGUCAAGGAGUACCUCGAGAAGACCUACUCCGAGGAGACGGCGGAGGACGGCGUCAAGCUCGCGUGCCGUGCGCUGCUCGAGGUGGUCGAGGCGGGCGGCAAGAACAUCGAGGUUGCGGUGCUGCGGCAGGGCAAGGAGCUGCAGCUGCUGGGCGACGACGAGGUGGAAGCCAUCGUCAAGGGCAUCGAGGCGGAGAAGGAGGAGGAGGACAAGAAGAAGAAGAAGCCGUCCGAGAAAUGAGCGGCCGCCGCGACGCUCGGGAUAGCGAAGCAGCGCACCGGGGACGCCGCCGGCGGGGCUCGGCUUUAUACUAUUCACUGUUCGUGUCGUCGCAUGCUGGGCCCGGGGCGUCUCCCACCUUGAAGUGGUUCAGCUUCAGCGG